AUGGCCCUCAAUAACCGUCUACAGGUCGUGCUCGGCAUCCUGCUUCUCGCCCUGACCGCCGUCUUUGUCCUCUUCAACGAGAGCAUCGCCACCGUCGACGGCCUCUUCAGCCUCCCCCACCACCGUGCAGAUCCCGCUCAUGGCGGAUCCCAGCCCCGACCGCCGGAGCCGCCGCAGAACCCGGAACCGAGACCCCUCACCGAGCAGACCCCGCGCUACAAGCCCGCGCCGACCUACACCCCGCCCCCGGUCGUCGACCCCUUCCCCCUCCUCGCCAACACCGCUGCCGACGUCCUGCCGCCCCCCGUCCCUGCACACAACCUCGCGCUCUCGGAUAUCCACGAGACCUACGGCCUCGCUGCCCCAUCCCCGCUCUUCAUCGGCUUCACCCGCCAGUGGCCCCUCCUCCUGCAGUGCGUCGUCAGCUACAUCACCGCCGGCUGGCCCGCCGGUGACAUCUACGUCGUCGAGAACACGGGCGUCCAGCUCGCCAACGUCCGCGGCCAACUCACUCUCCAGAACCCCUUUUACCUCAAUCACAACACCCUCACCCGCCUAGGCGUCAACGUCCUCCGCGCGCCUGCUCUCCUCUCCUUCUCCCAGAUGCAAAAUAUGCUCCUCCACGAGGCCCACGCCCGCGGCCGGCCCUACUACUUCUACUCCCACCAGGAUGUCCUCGUCUACUCCUUCGAGGCCGGCCCGGACGACCGCCACCGGCCCGGUGACCGCCCCUGGGACUUUUACGACGACGCCGACCGCGAGGACGCGCUGCGGCCCGCCGCAGCGGGGACUCCGGGCUAUCGCACCCUCUACGAGAACUGUCUGCGCGACCUUAACGCGACGCUGGCCCGCGGCGAGCGCUGGGGGUUCCGGUGGUACCAGUACGACCAUCUGACGCUCGUCAACCGCGACGCCAUGGACGCCGUCGGCGGCUCGGACUCGCUCAUCCCCUACUACGCCACCGACUGCGACAUGAACGCCCGCUUGGCAAUGAACGGCUGGACCAUGAAGCACCGCCGCGCCGGCAUUAUCAACGACGUCUCGUCCAAUCUUGAGGAUCUCGCCGCACUCUACCGCGUCCCGGGGUCCAAGCUCAAGUUCGUCGACCCGAACCCACCGGCGCCAGCGCCUGCUGGGAAGGGGUCUGGAAAGAGGUCCGAUGACAAGACGGCGGAUGCCGCGCCGUCAACAAACGCCACCUACUUCCGCUCCCUCGUUAACGUCGGCCUUGAGAUGACAAACUACAAGUACGGCGACAGCGACCACGCCCGCAACUCGUGGCAGAAGAGCCAGCGCGGUGGCGCCGGCGAGCCCUAUUACUACGAUCCCGAAGGAUUCGCCGAGGCCUUUGACGUCCUCGUCGCCGCCGGCCGCAAUGUCUUUGAGCUCAAGUGGGGCCGCGGGGGGUGCGACAUCGCCGAGGGUCACGGCCUCAAGACCGGAGACCAGUGGCGCGUCCUACCUGACAAGAACAACGGCUGA